AUGAAUUUUGAAACACUUCCAGAUGAAUUAAUUUUAUUAAUAUGUCGAUAUCUAUCAUCAUCGGAUAUACUUUAUUCAUUAUUUAAUUUAAAUUCUCGUUUAAAUCGUACAAUUCUCAUUUAUCGUCAACAUGUAAUACUUCGAUUGACAAGUUAUAAUCAAUUUGAAUAUCUUUGUUUAAAUGUUUUACCUAAAAUAGGUUCAACAAUUCGUUCAUUAACUAUAAAUACUAAUUGGACAGAUUUAAUAGCUAAACGAUUUUAUUUUUAUUUUGGUGAACGAAUGAAAGAAAUCUUUCCUAAUAUUGAACGUCUUACUCUUGUUGCAUUUAGUGGAAGUGAAUUAAAUGAUUAUAUGAUAAGUAUAUCCGAUUUAAUUUAUUUAAAACAAUUAACAAUUCAAGAUCGAUAUAAUAUAACAGAAGAAUAUAAACAAGUUUUAUUUGAUAAAAUUCUUUCAGCAAAUAAUAAUCGAUUAGAAAAAAUUUGUUUUAAUCGUCAUUCUGAAAGUUUAUCAAUUAAUCCAAUAAAUUCAAUAGUUUAUUCAAAUAUUAUUCAAUUAAAUAUACAUUUAGAAAAAAUAACUGAUCUGCAAUGUCUUAUGAAAUUAAUACCAAAUAUUCGUCGAAUGAAUAUUGUUAUUGAUAAUCAAUCAGAUGAUAUAAUAAUACAUUUUCAUGAAGAAUUUAUAUUAACAUAUUUAAUCGAAUUUCAUUUGGAAUCAUUUCGUCGUAAUUGGAUAUUUGAUGAAAUUUAUUCAUUACUUAAACAAAUGCCUUUUCUACAAACUCUUUCACUUGAUUUAUUUUCUCAAGAUUUUCAUUUAUCUAAUGGUCAACAUAUUGUUCCUAUAUUACCAAUAAAUACUCUACAAAAUUUAAAUUAUGCUAUUGAAUAUGAACCAGAAGUAGAAAUUGAAUCUAUUGAGAAUAUCAUAUCAUCAUGGACAUCAACACCCUAUCCCAUUUCUUGUUUAAGUGCUAAUGGUACUACUCAGAUAUUUCUUCAUACAAUUCCAUAUAAUUUUCCCUAUCUUGAUAUUAAUUCAUCAUAUGCUAAACGUAUGAAUAAAAAACUUGGCGAUUAUAGUCCUCGUAUAAAAGAAUUACUUUUAUUUAAUGUAUCGACAUUAGCUGAAACAUUUAUAGCAAUUAGUAAUUGUACCAAAAUAAAAGAUCUUGCAUUAGAAAUCGGUGAUGAACCCUCGGAAAUAAUUGAAGAUGAACAGAAAGAAAAAGAAAAUAUUUUAUUACCCUCUUUGAAUAAACUUCAUUGGCUUUCGAUUGAUGGUUGUCCACCUGAUGUUCAUCUUCUAAAAGAAAUAUUAAUUGCAUCACCAAAUUUAUCUUUACUUGUUAUUGAUAUGAAAUAUCUUAUUCGAUUAUUUGAUAUAGAAGAUAAUCAAUCGUGUCUUUUAUUAUUAAAAAAUCGUAUAAGAAAUUUAUCAAUUCAAAUAGAAGAUGAAGCCGAAAUGAAUGACCUCAUUUUUGAAAAAUUAUCAAAAAUAUUCAUUCAUAUUCGUCAUAUAAUUGUUGAAAUAAAAUUAACAAAUGGUUUAUCAAUUGAAAAUUUUCUUCUUUUCUUUUUUAAAUACUUUCAAAAUCAUCAAUUGAUAUCCAUUAUAGUACGAGGUUGUACAACUGAACAAUUACGUAAUAAUCCAUCUCAAUGGCUUAUUGAUCAUACUUAUUUAAAUACAUUUACUAAUCAAUUUCAAGCGGAUUGUGAUGAUGUAGAAUUUAAAAUUUGGUUUUAA